GAGAGUGGCUGGGAGAGGUGGGGCUACAAAAGGAACUGAGUGGCCCUGGGGGUAGGUGGAGCCCAGCACUGCGGGGGACUGAGAGGGAGGCGUGUCAAGGGAGGAGCUCAGAUCAGGCUGGGGGUCGGCACUGGAAGAGGGUUUUCUCUUUUCAUUCUGCGGGGCACCUCAUUCUGCACAGGACUUUUUGGAAGUCGGAGGGAGGAGGACACUCAGAGUGAGGUGUUGCCCUCGACAAGGACUCUGGAAUCCCCUGGACUCAAUAGGGAGGAGGAGGCAUUCCCAGAAGCAUCAGCUCCUGAGCACCUCAGAACCCGGGCUUGAGCCUGACCAGAGUGCCCCCCAACUGCUAAUUCGGCCAGGGGCCCCAUUUCUCUAAGGCCUGCAUCCCUCCCUCCGGGGUGCGCCCUGCCCCUCCCUGAGUCACCCCAGGGAGUGAGGGGAAAAAAGGGAAGAGAAAAGAGGCAUUGACUACAGAGGAAGGAAAAGGAAACAGCAGAGGAGGGAGGAGAGAGGCCACGCAGAGUGGGUGACAGGAGAUCGGAGAGGGUAGAUCUAGGGCAGAUCUAGGGCAGGGGGAGAUAGCAAGCCGAGCAUCCCAAAGGGUGCCCCAAGAGCAGGGCGGCCAGGGGCGGGGAGCUGAGGGGGCGGGCCGGCCAUGUCCCACGGGACCUACUACGAGUGUGAGCCCCGGGCUGGCCAGCAGCCACUCGAGUUCUCAGGGGCCCGAGCAGGGCCCGGGGAGCUGGGGGACAUGUGUGAGCAUGAGGCCUCCAUCGACCUGUCUGCCUACAUCGAGUCUGGGGAGGAACAGCUCCUCUCCGACCUCUUCGCUGUGAAGCCGGCAACCGAGGCCAGAGGCCUUAAGGGCCCCGGAACCCCUGCCUUCCCCCACUACCUGCCGCCUGACCCGCGGCCCUUCACCUACCCUCCACACACCUUCGGCCCUGACAGGAAGGCCUUGGGGCCUGGCAUCUACAGCAGCCCGGGGAGCUACGACCCCAGGGCCGUGGCCGUGAAGGAGGAGCCUCGGGGGCCUGAGGGCAGCCGGGGGGCUAGCCGCAGCGGCUACAACCCUCUGCAGUACCAAGUGGCGCACUGUGGGCAGACGGCCAUGCACCUGCCCCCGGCCCUGGCAACACCCAGCCAGCCCCUGCGCGUCCUCAAGGCCCCUUUGGCCGCUGCUGCGCCCCCCUGCAGCCCCCUCCUCAAGGCGCCGUCCCCGGCCGGCCCCUCACACAAGGGCAAGAAGACGGUGAACAAAGACAGCCUGGAGUACCGGCUGCGGCGGGAGCGGAACAACAUCGCCGUGCGCAAGAGCCGGGACAAGGCCAAGAGGCGCAUUCUGGAGACGCAGCAGAAGGUUCUGGAGUACAUGGCUGAGAACGAGCGUUUGCGCAGCCGGGUGGAGCAGCUGACCCAGGAGCUGGACACCCUUCGCAACCUCUUCCGCCAGAUCCCCGAGGCCGCCAACCUCAUCAAGGGCGUGGGGGGCUGCAGCUGAGGUCGGCCAGCAGACUGUGGGCAACAGCACCUGGGCCCGGCCUGACCCUGGGGACCCCCACCCUGCUGGGGCCCUAGAGCCCCUCCCAGGCCGAGCUGGAGACAAAGACCCUGGACAAACGGCAGCGGCUGGCAAGGGAGGAGGGCAGGCCCCCGCAUGAUGAUUCUGUGGCUGAAUAAAACUGCACUAUG